AUGAGUAAUUAUCAGUUUGUUGUAUUCUCAGGCAAAAAUAAAAAUAAGUCAACAAUAAAAGAAGACGUAGAAUCGGAAACAGAAGAACUGUCAAUAAACCAGCGUGAAGUUGAUUCCUCGUCAUCGUCGUCGCUGUCAAGAGCCUCAUCUUCUAGUUCGUCUACGUCUUCAAGGAAACAACUGAUAGUCUUAACGACGGCAUCAGACGGCAUUAGCAAUAGCGCAACAAUUGAAAGUGACUCAAAAAAGCGAAGAAUUAAUAACACUGAUAAGCAGUCGUCAUCUUCACGGAAACGUGACUCAUCUGUGUCUGUAUCUGGAAAGAUUUUAAAAGUUGAUAUUGGCCAGAAGCAAGUGUCCGUCGACGCAGGCGCUUCCCAGCUUGGCGGGAAGUACUCCAACAGCAAUGCACUGGGUAAAGCUAAAAUUCCUCGUCCAGCAAAUGCAUUUAUGCUGUUCGCAAAUGAGUGGCGCAGAAAACUUGCUAAUGAAAAUCCGAGGGAAUCCAAUAAAGAUAUCAGCGUCAGGCUAUCCUAUGAGUCCUCUGUUACCCUUGAUCCUUUGUAUUCACUAUCCAGGUUGGGAGUCCUGUGGAAAAAUAUGGAAAAAGAUGCCAAAGAAAAGUACUUUUCCCUCGCGCGACAGGUCGACGCUGAGCACAAAAGAAAAUAUCCUGGUAAGAGUUUUUUUUUUUUUAUCAUUAAUGGUUCAUUUUAA